AUGGCUCGGCGACUGUUUAUGAAACAUCUUGCGGACGCCAACCUCGCAGACAUAGCACAGCUAGAAAAUGUGCACUCUCCAGAUGAGGGGCUUGUGAGCUGUGUCUACACCUAUCCACCAAGCGCAGCACCAUGCCGCGUUGGCAUACAAAUGUGUACUACCAAUAUCGACGAAUACCCUGAUGGUAAUUCAUUUAUGCUCUACACAGACGACGAGGACAUCAACCCUGUCAUUCCACAGACGUUGCAGAGGGUGACUGAAAAUGCUACGGGCAAGACACUACCAGACAUCCUUUCCGAGGUUUCACAACGGCUCACCGCAGCCAUCACCCGUCAAAUAGGAGAAGAGGAGGCGGCCAGCGAAAAUGGAACAGAUGUUUCUGACGAUCUUAAUGAUCUUGACGCGGAUCUCGAGUUCUACGAUUCAGACGACGGUGAGUUUGGCUUAGCCGAGCUCAGCUGCAACGGUGAAAGAUACGGUAGAGGAUCCUCGGAUACCAAGUCUUGGUCAACACAAAACCGAGAGAAAGUGCGCAAGAUACGGGAGGACCUCCGGGCGCUCAAGAACGCGGGUUUCCGUGUCGGUGUGUUUGGCGAUCUUGCUGGGUCAGGCGUUCUAUGCGCUUCUAUUCGCACUGUCAAGCUAGGUCUCUCUGAAGAAGCGAUGCAAGCAUGGGGUUUGCGGCGCAAGCACUACCUAGUGCUCAUGAUCAAAUAUUGUGGCAGCUACAUUGGAGCUGACAAGCUGGCGGAGAUUCCUCUUGCCCGAGCCCCUAUGAAAAUGCGAGUUGGCCUCUGUGAGCACUACAAGCCCUCCUUGCAUGACGAGUCAGUGUUCCUCGACGACAUGCAAGCAGAAGAUACGUCGCAUCAACUUGGAACAAAUGACAACGCUCCUGGCUUGGAGCCAUUGUUCAUUGGAAAAGCACUGAACCAACACCUUGAGGAGCGAGUUUUCCUAAUCAUCAAGGCCCGAAUCUCAUAUGGUCUAAGCUGGCUAGGAGCAGAGACACUGGUGGCAGACAGACAGGCAUGCUCCCAAAGUGCGCCCGUUGACAACUUGGCCAAAUAUCGAUGCGACGACAAAGCCUGGUCUCGCAAUCUUUCUGACGUCGCAUUGGCAGACCAUAUGCACGAAGUGCAGCUCAAGCACGCUUCAUUGCCGUUGAUCAUGAUGCAAUUCGUUAUCCGCCAUUUCGUCAGAUGCACCGAAUUCUGCCUCGUGUGUCAUUGUCGGCUGGACGACUCGUUCGAGGCUCUGAAGCCGUACGUCUGCAGCAAACCACUUUGUCUAUACCAGUUCAUGUCUCUUGGCUUUGGCACCAGUUUGGAGUGGGAGAUCUUCUCUCAACCGUAUGUGGUCGAUCUCCUGAUCAGCUUCUGCUAUACUGCCGCCAGCCUCGACCGGCUUAAAGACCUCCCAAUCGGCAUGGGCCUGAUAGUACCCGUUGUUCCCCGAGCGCUCGCUUACCCUCCAGGGGCUACUUCGCAUAGUGCUGCUCGAGGGCAAUCGUCAGCUCCGCCACUUUCAUCACAGGGAGAAUCAUCGUUCGCAUGCCAUUGGUCACCCAGUCUCAACUCACUCAUGGUUGAAGGGGACUAUCAGUGCACAAAUGUGCAGAAACUCAAACGCGGAGACUGGCUGGUCAUCAUGUCCACUAAAAGCGAUUUGGGCGCUCAUUGUCGCGUUCAGCAUGUCGCAUUACCCCAGAUUUCUCUUGGGGAGCCCGUGUGGGCGGAUGACACGCCGGCGACUCAGUCAGCAACACAGCGGAUCCAGAACAACAAUGCAUCACUCACAUCGCAACCUAUCAAGGCCAUAUGCUACGUCUAUGAUAAACAGUUUGAGGAUCUGUCGAAAGCAGAUCAACUGCAUGCAGUCCUUACAUUGUUGGAAGCUUUGCCCAGUGUCGGCGAAAUGUACCAGUACCUGGAAACCCAGACAAAGGGUCGACUAGGCAAAACUGCAUCUUUGAAGGCCUGGAGUAACAGAGUUCCUGAGUCGUCUGUCAACUUGCUUCGCUGGAUUGUGGCCUCGAACCGAUCGUGUAUUGUGCCAGUGGACGGAGUCGCCGGCAACAUCGAUCUCACGGCCUCAAUCUCAAAGGAACCUCGUGUUGGGGAGAUGUGCAUGUGGAUGCAAUUCCGCUUCGCCCAAGGAGCACCCGACAAAGAGAAGCGGUUCGAUGACUGUGUCAUGGCAGCAGUGGCUCAGACCAAAUCUACAUAUCCAACGAUUUUUGCCUGGCAUGGCAGUCGAUUGGCCAAUUGGCACUCGAUCGUCCGGCAAGGCUUGAACUACAAUGAGUUGGUUCACGGACGUACUUUUGGAAAUGGAGUAUACCUGAGCCCGAGUGCGCAAGUCAGUCUGAGUUAUGUCGGUGCAGAUGGUCAACCUCGCGAUCAGUGGAAACGCUCGCUGCUGAAGGUCAGCACGGCUAUCUCACUGAAUGAGGUGGUCAACAACCCAGACAAGUUUGUCAGUAAAACCCCACACUAUGUGGUCUCCGACACUGACUGGAUCCAAACGCGGUAUUUGUUUGUCAAGGUGGGCGCGGAACUCAAAUCGGUCAGUGGUCCUGCGACAGAGAUCUACAAACAGGACCCUCUCCAUGUCGCCCACAAUGACAACAACUUCCCAAUCACAAUACCCAUGACGGCCAUCUCCAAGUCUCGCAGACCGUUCGAGAGCAUCCGGGCCACAUCAACCACGGAUGGAAAGCGCGCGAAGAGCAUUGUCGGCAUUGACCAAGCCACCGCCGAGCGUCAAGAGGAUGACGCUAACAGCGUCGUUUCUGAUGCCUGCGACCUGGCGAUUUUGAGGACGGACGAAUUCGGCGAUUGCAUGGUCGAUAGCGGAGACGAUGCUACAACCAAAGAACCGGAAACCGAUUUCGUCCCUGGGACACUUGAUAUGAGCAACAUCAAGUUUCUGGAGCCGCCCGAAGACGCGAACAUCACCUCCACCAAAGCCCUGAUGCGACUGCUGCAGGAGGCCUCGGAUGUGCAGAAGAAAACUCCACCGGCGAUGCUGGGAUGGCAUAUCGAUUACAGCGGGUUCAACAACAUGUAUCAGUGGAUUGUCGAGCUACAUAGCUUCCCACUGACCCUACCUUUGGCUCAGGACAUGAAGGCUGCCGGGCUGACUUCGAUCGUACUGGAAAUGCGCUUCUCGAGUCAAUUCCCGUUCGUCCCGCCUUUCCUCCGUGUCGUCAAACCACGGUUUCUUUCAUUCGCGCAAGGCGGCGGAGGCAAUGUGACCGAGGGAGGAGCCAUGUGUAUGGAAGUGUUGACCAACAAUGGAUGGAGUGCGGCUCAGAGCAUCGAGAGUCUUUUGCUGCUGGUACGUAUGGCACUUUUGGACGAAGAGCGACCGGCGAGGCUGGCAAAGGCUGGUGCAGGGGUGUCAGAUACCUACGGCAUUGCAGAGGCGGUCGAGGCAUACGUGCGGGCCUGUCGCAACCACGGAUGGCAGGUUCCUGCAGGAUUCGACAAACUUCAUUUGGCAUGA